GGCUCGUGGCACAACGGCCUGUGGCUGGUUCUGCCACAAUUCAAUCCAACCCAAUAUGAAUUCUAAACCCGUUGUGGACGAGCAGAGAGAGGCGCAGCCAGAUAGUGAGAUGGCUGCUGAAGGCGGGCCUGAUAAGGCUGAAGACAUCAAGCUUCCUUUCUUCCCCAGCUAUAUGAGGAUUCUCUCGUACGGUACUGGGAAUUAUGGGUGGCUUCUUAUGAUAGUCGGCCUUGGAUGCGCCAUGGGGUCUGGUGUCGCUCUCCCCUUGAUGAAUAUUAUAUUUGGAGAUAUCACGAAAGACUUUAGCGAAUACUUUCUCCCCGGGUCUGGUGUCACAGAGUCCGAGUUCAAGGCUGCAGUCAGCAAGAAUUCACUCUUUAUUGUGUACCUGUUCAUUGGAAAGUUCGUUCUAACAUAUAUCUUCACGAUAUCCUUCCGAGUAAUCAGUCUCAAAGCCUCAUCCGCCAUUCGCCUCGAAUACAUGCGCGCCCUGUUCGCUCAACCAGUCAGCAAACUGGACGAAAUCUCCGUUGGCACCGUCACAAACACCAUAACAGGCCUGUCCAAUACCCUCCAGGAGAGCAUGUCCGACCGCCUCGCCAUCCUCUUCCAAUCCAUCGCCAUCCUCGUCGCAGCAUACGCAAUCGCCUUCAGAUACUCGUGGGCCCUGACACUCGUUGUCAGCUCCGCCAUGCUCUUCAUGGGCCUGUGUCUGACAGUUGCAGCUCCGAUGCUGAUUAAAGGGAACCGCGGUGUUGAACUCGCCGACGAGAAGCACGCUGCUGUCGCGGCGGAUGUCUUCAGUUCUAUCCGGACUGUGUUCUCGCUUGGUGCCGAGGCGUCUCUUGCCCGUAAGUAUGGGGAAUGGGCUGAAGAGGCGAGGAGGAGAGCUACAAAGCUAGCGCCUGUUAUGGGUGUUCAUCUAGGCCUGAUGUUUUUCUCCAUGUAUGCGAGCUUCGCGCUGGCGUUCUGGUUUGGGCUGAAGCUUUAUCGCGAGGGGAAUAUUCCUGAUGUCGGUGUUGUUAUUACUGUUUUCUUCUCCGUCCUGAUAGUGACGACCGUGCUGGGCAGCAUUUUCGCACCGUUUAUGGUUAUCACCAAGGCUGUUAGUGCGUCGGGGUCUUUCUUCUCUAUUAUUGACUCUGAACGGAGACCGGUUGAUGGGAUCAGGAUGUCUAGUCGGUCUGAUAUCGUCUUCAGCGAUGUCACCUUUGCGUAUCCAACCCGGCCUGAGGUAUCUGUGCUUAAGUCUUUCAGUGUUUGCUUCCAACGGGGGAAGGUAACUGCCCUAGUUGGACCUUCGGGGUCUGGUAAGAGUACCAUUGUCGCAUUGCUCGAGAGAUGGUAUGAUCUCAGUGCAUCAUAUGAGAAGGAAGAUGUUGUAAAGCCCACAGCUACAGGGAGUAUCGAGGUGAACGGGCACAAUAUCAACGAGCUGGAUUUGAAAUGGUGGAGAACACAGAUCGGGCUGGUCCAGCAGGAGCCGUUCCUAUUCCAUGAUACAGUCUAUAAUAAUGUCUGCUUUGGGCUUAUUGGGUCUGAAUGGGAUGGGGAGUCGGAGCAGGUCAAGAGGAAGCUUGUCAUUGCGGCAUGCAAGGAAGCUUUUGCUGAUGAAUUUGUGCAGCGACUACCAUUGGGCUACGAGACUAUCGUCGGCGAAGGGGGCAUCACAUUGAGUGGUGGUCAGCGCCAGCGCCUAGCCAUUGCGCGAGCCAUUGUCAGCCAGCCCACAAUUUUAGUUCUGGACGAAGCAACCAGCGCAAUUGAUGUUCGUGGGGAGAAAAUAGUGCAGGCAGCCUUGGAUCAUGUUUCCAGGGACCGGACAACAAUCACCAUUGCGCAUCGACUGUCGACCGUCCGGAAUGCAGACCACAUUGUCGUAAUUAAGGACGGGACGAAGUGCGAAGAGGGAACCCAUGACGAGCUUCUCUCCAUGAAUGGUGUAUACCAUGACCUUGUCCAUGCCCAGCAGCUUGUGCCACUGACUGAACAGAACGAUCCCGUCACGGAGGAAGUAGAGGCCGAAGUCUACGAUUCCAUGCCUCUGGAAGGCGAACCCGUAAGCAAUAAUAAUCAGACGACGGAGGCAAAAGCGAAGAAGAUAGGGGCAUUCCGGAAUUUUGGUAUCGUGAUGUACGAGCAGCGCAGAUACUCGUGGCUUUACGGCAUCGUCCUGGUGGCUGCCGGUGCUGGCGGAGCUGGAUACGCCGUACAGAGUUUCCUGUUUGCAAAACUCGUUGAGGCCUUUCAGUUCACUGGAAAGCAACUGGAAGAUGCUGCCAACUUUUGGGCCCUGAUGUUCUUCAUCCUGGCGUUGUGUGUGAUGGCUGUUUAUUUCACGCUGGGCUUUAGCUCGACUAUCUUUUCCUCUUUUGUUGCUGCUGUCUAUCGCAAAGACUAUUUCCGGAGUCUGUUACGCCAACCCAUCCCCUUCUUCGACCAGGACGCAAACGCCUCAGGAAGUCUCGGCGGACGCCUCUCCAGCGACAUCCGCCAGCUGCAGGAAUUAUUCUCGACAAACGGAAUAUUCCCCCUGAUAUCCAUUUUCACCGUCAUUGGCUGCGUCGCCGUGUCAUUCGCCUUCGGGUGGAAGCUCGCGGCAGUCACAUUCUUUGCAGCGCUGCCCUUUAUCUUUGGAGCUGCGUACAUCCGAAUUCGAUACGAACUGGAGUUUGAGGGAUUAAACGCAAAGGUCUAUGCAGAGAGCUCCAAGUUCGCGGCGGAGGCUAUACGCGCUUUUCGGACUGUCAGUGCCCUUACGAUGGAGGGCCAUAUCCUGGAUAAGUAUUCGGAUUUGCUGGCGGAGCAACGACAGAUGGCUCUUCGUAAGGCGUACUUUGCUGCUUUGGUAAUUUCUCUCUCGAGUACUGUGGAUUUCUGCGCUAUGGCCUUGACCUUCUGGUAUGGAGGCCAGCUCCUCGUAACAAAGGAGUACGACCUGGUAGCCUUUUUCGUUGUUUAUAUCGCCAUCAUCCAAGGAGGACAGACAGCUGGCCAGUUCUUCAGUUUUGCUCCCAAUAUCGCACAGGCCAUGGCAUCUGCCGGCCGCAUUCUGCAGAUGCGCACACUCAAUGAAAGGACCACUACGUCUAACAACGCUCAAAUCCCGGACUCUCCGGAUAUCCAAUUCAAACAGGUCUCGUUCAAGUACGCCUCUCGCGAAAGUCCAGUCUUCGCGGACCUGGAUUUCACAGUUGAGAGCGGCCAGUUCGCUGCUCUCGUCGGGCCCUCUGGCUGCGGCAAAUCGACCGUUGCGUCGCUACUCGAGCGGUUUUACGAACCUACCCAGGGAAGUAUCUUAUUUGGAAAGACGCCGAUCGAUUCCAUGGAUCUAUCCUCCUACCGUAAAAGUUUAUCUCUUGUCGCCCAAGAAUCGAAGUUGUUCAGCGGGUCCAUACGCGAGAACCUGUUACUCGGCAUAGAGGACGAUACAUCGGAAACAGUAGAAGAACGCAUGAUUGAAGCAGCCAAGGACGCUGAGAUCCACGAGUUCAUCAACUCCCUCCCAGAUGGAUACGCCACGCAGCUGGGAGCAAACGCACAGACAUCCCUCAGCGGCGGCCAGAAGCAGCGUCUGUGCAUUGCGCGAGCACUGCUGCGGAAUCCACGACUUCUUAUCCUCGACGAAGCUACUUCAAGUCUGGACUCCCAGUCGGAGAAGUUGAUCCAGCAGGCUAUCGAACGGUUAGCCGGGAAAGGCGAGCUGACUAUCCUUGCGAUCGCGCACAGACUGGCUACGAUUCAGCAGGCAGAUGUCAUUUUUGUGUUUGGGGAGGGUGCGCCUGGGCAGGGAUCAAGGAUUGUAGAAAGGGGGACGCAUCAUGAGCUGUUAAGAAAUCGGGGGGCUUAUUGGCAGAUGUGCCAGGCUCAAGCGUUGGAUCGGUAGUGGUCCUUCCUCAAGCUAUAUGACCUUUUAUGAAUGACGUCGAUGCAGAUGUCUUGAUGUAUACUAGUUUUCUCCUCUCUAGGUGACUGGCCGCAGUGAUGGAUUCUGAUACUACUUAGCUGAAUGCCACUCAUAUAAGAUUGAUUGCCAGUGCCACCCCACGGAGAAUGUGAG